AUGGCUCAAUCAGCCACGAGCACAGGCUUGGACGCGCCCAACGGACCUGAAGCGCAAUCGUCAGCAAACGAGCAAUAUUGGCCACAGGGUGAUCAAGCCAUCGACGCGCUCGUCAGUCUCGCCGAGCGUCUGACUUCGCACAUAUACAACGACGCCAACGAAGAAGUGUUCCCCGCGUCUGCUGAAGAAUGUUCCAGUGAACAAGUCAAGACGAAAAAAGAUCUCUGGAGCGACUUACACUCGAAUCUUCUACCGCAACUUGGACGCCACAUCGGAAUUCUCUCAUCCCUAUUGAAACCAGAGUGGAUGCAUUUCACUCUUGAUCUCGUUCUAGUGACCAGAUCCCACCUUGAACGAUUGUUGAAUGAAAUUCAAUCUACGAUUUGCAUGCGCUGUCCAAGACCAGAAAUAAUCCCAGGAACCCAAUGCAAUGACCAGGAUGUCGAAGAAUUCAAAGAAUUUCGAUUAAAAGGCCUGUACAAUCGGAUCUCAUCCCUCUACUCUCGAGUCAUUCUUGUGUCCUGCCAUGGCAUAGAGCUUAUUCAAAAAAUGCAACUCACAACAAAGAACGACCCUUACGAAACCGACGUAGUUUACUUCAGCCAAUCAAACAAUGUAGCCCAAGCAAGACAAUCAAUAUUGGAUAACACAAGGGCUGUUCGGAAGGGAAUCAGGUGUGCGAUCGGUUGGUCCCUAGCAUCUGAUUAUGACCUCGUACGGACUGGUUGGUAUGAAGAAACACCUCUUAUAGACGGGUAUUCGGAAUCUGUCUCGCGAUCGAUAGCGCACUGGAAAGAAGGAAGCGGAAGGCCCGUGCCAGAAUUAUACAGGGCCCAAAAGAUCAAGCUAUAUGAAUUGCUAUUGCCAAUCAACAAGCUCUGCCGCCUGUUUUUCAAGAAAUUAUCAAGACGGGGAAUUAAGGAAAAGCGACUGCCCAUGUUUUCAAAAAUGCGUUCGGACCAGUUGGAUUCUCUAUGGCGAUUUGCUGCAGUAAUGCGUUAUGAACUCAUGUGCCUCCAAGAGGCAACGAAUAUCCCCGACUGGCCUGGCAACACUGCCUAUGCUUUAGGGUUCAACCGGGUAGCCAAAAGACUUGAGGACUGUUUUGAACCGGCUUUACAUCUGAUACUCGAGUAUCUUGUGCCUCUGGUUCCGGACACCGAGGGUUUUCCCAUUCAACACUACUUCAGGUCUUGGUUUACUAUGUGGCACACUCAGUUCAGUAUUGCCAUUCAAAACCUUAUUGACCAUGUUGAAUUAUCCAUCAACAACGCCUUAUAG